UUCUUCUUCUUCUUCUUCCAUUUUAGUUCUUUAGGUCUGGGUCUGUUUUCCUGAUUUAAUGCGUCAGUAUACAGUGCUAUUUUGGACAAAAGUAUUAUUUCAACUGUGUGGCAACAGCUUGGAAAAAAAGGUUUUGAGUCUGAGAUAAUCUUUUGUUGGACAAAUGAUGUAUUGUGCUGCACAGUCUAAAUGAUGUGACUGCUGAGAGCUGAUACAAACUGUGAGUAUGAAGUUGAAGUUUGUGCAGGAGCUGCUGAGUAUCAGUAACUGUCCAUGGUGCUGAAACCAGUCUGCUCUCUCCUUCAGCUCACGUUUUUCUAUCCUGCCUCACAUGGCAGGCUGCAUGCUGACAGGUAAACUGUAAGGGUGAUUUCUUUGCCCCGCUGCAAUGGGAGAUUUCGACGAGAGUAGUCUUUACUUUGCGCUGUGACGGAGCUCAAACGGUAUGCAAACAGCCGAGAGACAGAGAGACGGACAGAAAGAGGGAGAGUGUCAUCGAGAGAGAGAGAGAGGGGAGGAUGAUGUCAUAGUUUUUAGUCUGUGCCAUAGAAGAAGCAGAUGGAUGCAGGCUUCCUCCUUUUCUUGAGUUCCUGUCUCCAUCUCCAUCUCCAUCACCAACAUCGGCCUCAGCAUCAGGACUCAUCGAGGACAAAGAGUGACAAACCGCACAAGCAGAGUCUGUUCGGGUAAACUGUCUGCAGGUGGAGGAAACAAAGCGGAAAGCCUUCCUGUUGAUGGAUGUGAGCGGAUCAUCAGCCGAAGGAGAAGUCCGAUAAAGACGUGAUAUGGACCAAAAUAUCGGAGCAAGCACUGGGUCAGUCCUCUUUUCUGUCUUUAUUCUGUAUUAUGAGCAGGCGGCAGUCUAGAGGAGCUAGUCCUGCCCAGAAAGGAGGAGGAGGAGGAGGAGGAGGAGAGACACACAGAAGGGUGUCGACGGAGAGAGGCAGGGGUAGAGGAGAAGAGGAGGGGAGGAACGGAAGAAAAAUAAUAGAGUAAUAUUACAAGCUUCCAAUAAUGGCGGCUAAAUCGGACGGGGUCCUGAAGAUGAAGAAGAGCGACGUGGCCUUCACCCCCCUGCAGAACUCCGAGCACUCUGGCUCGGUGCAGGGGCUCCACCCGGGCGCCCAGCCCGACUCUGCGGGCACCGGGGACGGAGACUUCGUCAACGGGGAGUCGCGGUGUUGCGGCGGCGGAGGCUCCAACUCGACGUGCCUUCGCCUUGGCAGAGAGCAGCAGAAAUACACAGUGUGGGACUGCUUGUGGAUCGUAGCCGCAGUGGCCGUGUAUCUGGCCGAUGUGGGCACCGACGUGUGGCUGUCGGUCGACUACUACCUCCGACGCGACUACUGGUGGUUCGGCCUGACGCUCUUCUUCGUGGUGCUGGGCUCCUUCUCGGUCCAGCUUUUUAGCUUCAGAUGGUUCGUCCAUGACUUCAGCACCGAGGACGGAGCCGAAUCCGCCGCCGAUUGCUCUCACAUGGAUGGGAAUAAGCUGCUGAGCGGCUCGGCCUCGCACGGCGACGUUACCGCUCAACACCACCCGGCUACGCCGCAGAGACAGGCGUCGACCGCCAGCAAGAACACCACGACCAACAGCACCGCAAGCACUGCGGUGGGCAGCAGGAGUAGGAAGCGAUCGGCCUACUACUCCUUCUGCGUCUGGUUCGGCCAGUCCGUCAUCCACAUCCUCCAGCUGGGCCAGAUAUGGAGGUAUUUUCAUACCAUCUACCUGGGCGUUAGAAGUCGUCAGAGUGCUGAGACGGAGCGCUGGCGUUACUACUGGAGGAUGGUCUAUGAGUUUGCAGAUGUGAGCAUGCUGCAUCUACUGGCCACCUUUCUGGAGAGUGCUCCACAACUGGUGUUGCAGCUGUGUAUCAUUAUACAGACACACAAGCUCCAGGCUGUGCAAGGUAUGACAGCAGCAGCCUCCCUUGUCUCUCUAGCCUGGGCCCUGGCCUCCUACCAGAAGGCCCUGCGAGAGUCUCGCGAUGACAAGAAGCCAAUUAGCUACUUGGCUGUCAUCAUCCAGUUCUGCUGGCACUUCUUCACGAUCGCUGCAAGGGUCAUCACCUUUGCCCUGUUUGCCUCUGUGUUUCAACUCUACUUUGGCAUCUUCAUCGUCCUGCACUGGUGCAUCAUGACCUUCUGGAUUGUCCACUGUGAGACAGACUUCUGCAUCAGCAAGUGGGAGGAGAUUGUCUUUGACAUGGUGGUGGGCAUAAUCUACAUAUUUUCCUGGUUCAACGUCAAGGAGGGACGAACAAGGUGUCGACUUUUCAUCUAUUACCUGGUGAUUUUGGUGGAGAAUGCUGCUCUCAGUGCAUUGUGGUAUCUCUACCGAUCGCCUCACACCACUGACGCCUUUGCAGUGCCAGCACUCUGUGUCAUCUUCAGCAGUUUCCUCACCGGCGUGGUUUUCAUGCUCAUGUACUAUGCCUUUUUCCAUCCCAAUGGGCCACGCUUUGGGCGUUCGCCAAGUGGCCAGGGUCUUGACCUGGACCCCACCUCUCAGUUCUCUACAUUACCAUCAGAAGGUGCCACCAACUCACUACGUUCUAACCGAGGUGCCACCACAACCCUGGAACGUGACAUGGGGAAGUAUUCUGAGCGGGAUGGCUGCAUGCCAGUUUUUCAGGUCCGACCCACAGUGCCAUCCACGCCAUCGUCUCGUGCUCCACGCCUUGAAGAGACCGUCAUCAAGAUCGACCUUUGUAGGAACCGCUACCCAGCCUGGGAGCGUCAUGUACUCGACCGCAGUAUACGCAAGGCAAUCCUGGCCAUAGACUGCUCGCUGACUCCUCCCCGGCUGCAGUACAAAGAUGAUGCACUGGUGCAGGAGAGGUUGGAAUACGAGACCACGUUAUAGUUCCACCCUGCCCUCAGAACCCACAGAGGAGUGCAACCGUUUAUUCUGCUAUCACAUGAACACUAACAGGGACUGUGGCAAUAAGAAUUUGUUACUACCAACAAUCUCACUUCUCAUCUGUCGUUACCAUUUUUCUUUUUCUAUUCUUUAGCAUUAGCGCCCACCCAGGAGCAUACAGCCCUGUUGGUAGUGAUCUAAGGAGCAAUUUGGCGCAAGUGCAGUUGAUGUCACCGGAUGUGUUUGUGUUCUUUUUAGGGUGGUUGCUAUUAUUUUUUACUUCCACUCAUCAGGGAAAUCCCAUCUGGUAUGAACUAAAUGCAAAUCAGCAGAGUGCCUCAACACUCUACUCAGACAGUACAAGCUGCUGAUGCAUUAUUUGCUUAAGUCUGAAGAAGUUAGGGAUAAAUUAAGCAUAGGUCCAUGUCCAUUCAGAUGAGUUUUAAGUCAUCAGAUAUUCCACUUUAACCUAAAUGACACCUGAAUUAUACAGGAAUUCCUCUAAUGUGAAGAGGAAAGGAAACAAUCCCUCAUUCAGCGUCAGCAAAGACUUUGACCUGUCAUAUCUGUCUUAAUGUGUUGGUGACCUACUGUUUGAAAGUUCUAAUGAUGUGAUCCCAUAGCAGCCACAACUACUACUUCCAUCAACAUCCACAUGAUAACUCAUCGCUCCUGUUCUCUUAGUGCCAAAAAGCUUCCUUGGACAUGUCCUCUAGAUUCUGAGGAGUAGGACCACUUUGAGAUGGCUGGGAAGUCCAAAAAGUUCUCCUCUGGCCUAGACAUUUGAUUCCUCUUGGAUAACUAUGGUCUAUCGUGGAUGAAGGUCGGACAGAAAGUCAACUACAUGAAGACAAUGGUUAAAGUAGCAUCUAUACUCAGUCAUUGUGUUUUGUUUGGAUAAAGUCAACCAAACCUGGCAGGAAGGAAGAACAUGGAGAGAGAAAGAAGCGGUGAAGGUUGAACAGUCACAAACUCACUGCCUUUCUCCCAUGAGGAAAUAUAAGUCAAACUCCCACAAUGCCAAGAAAAAAAAAUCUUCCUGGCAGCUCAACUCAACUAUUUUCAGUCCAGCCACAUCAACCUGGCUGUGCUGCGAUACUGAUCUUUGCUUAUCUGUGGAGGCAAAUGUGGAGGGGAGAGCAGAAGAAAUGAGCAAAGUGGCAGAUAGCAAUGAAAAGGAGAUGACAAGAGAGGAUGAUGCAGGAAAUGGAAAUGAGUCGAUGAUGGAAAAGAAGAGAAAAAGCAGGCAAGCAGCCAUCUCAGCCAAACUAAACCAACCACCAGGAUGUACAGUACUCUGAUACAACAUGCAGCAUUUUUUACUUUAGAGAUGAUGUAGAGGGUAUUGAAGUCAUUGUGAGUCUGUGUUUUUAGUGCUGUGAGUGUGUAUGUGUUGGCAAUAGGUGAUGAAGGUGUGUGUGUGUGUGUGUGCAUGUGUGUGUGGUGUUCAAACAAGAGAAGCAGCUCAGGAGGACGUGUGCUUGAUGUGUGUAUCGCUAUCAUCCAUCUUUGAUAAACACACGUCACCUUCUGGGAAAAAUGUUUCCCAGCAGCUUUUAACUUUGUUACACCAAGCCACACAACAUAUGUUAGCAUGGUGCUGGUUGUGUCCACUGGCUUUAAUGAGAAAUGCUAACCAAGUGAUUUUUGGUUAACUGAAGUGCCACUGUCAAAGCUUAAUUUAAGACCACCACUAUAACACAUAUCAUGGUUCUGGGAAGAGUAAAUGAUGAAGUCCUGAAAUUUUCAUUUAAUGAAUUUUAAUGCAGGAAACUCAGCACAUUCUUAUCCCAAGUCGUUACAUAUCGCCGCUUUGUCAGUGGACUUUUAUGCCUACAUAUUACGUGCUAGGUAUCCUCCUGAGUCUGCUGUUGAUGUUCUGGGAUGCCGCAACCAAUGCCGGGAGUUCAACAAAAGCAUGUGGUUAGGUUUGAAAAAAAACAAACAAAAAACAUCAUGAUUUGGCUCUACAUUCAUACAGGAAGCUAACACCAGGGUUCUGGACCCAUCCACCACAACUCCCGCAUGCCCUAUAGGGACUUUCCAAGUCCUCAUAUCACAUUGUUACCUGCAGUGUUUCAAUCUGAUGCUGUCCUGUGGUGUAUCAUACUAGUGCCCUCCAGCCACGUUAUGAAAUGACAACGCUUGGUGGUGUAUCAUACUGCUGCAACAGGUGCUGUCCAGCCCGGUUACAAACUGAUGAUGCCCGGCGGCAUAUCAUACUAUGGGGAAAGGUGGCUUGUGACAUCAGUGUGUGAUGCUGAAAUCAACAACAAAGCAGUGGUAUUUGGCGACUUCAGCAUGAGAACAGGCUGGAAAAAGGCAAAACAAAAAGCAACUGCAGGCUGGUGCAAGUAACAAAACAUGAUUUAAUCCAACAGGAAUUAAUAGGUCCUUUUCACUUAAGUCAACACAAGUUGUGUAAAACAAAGACGGCACAAUGUUUCUCCCUCGCUCAUACAAUGGGGGCUGCUCAGCUGCAGCCUAGUCAGUGCUGUAACUGGUGGCCAGAUGAUAUAUAAAUGACACAGCACACCUCUCUAUCUGCCAUGGUAAUAGUGUUUAAAUAACACAAAGACAUUCAUCAAAAAGAGUUUGCCUUUCAAAUUAAUGCAACAAAUGAAAAGAAACAAGGGGAGAUGGUAAAUUUGGAUUAAAUGGUGGAUGGUGAAGUUAGGACAGCACAGAUGGUGAACUAUACAGGGAGAAAUGGGUAGAGGGUAGUCAGAGAAUCAAAGUGAGGUGGAUUUCAGCUAAGCUGUGGCUCUGACUGAAAACCUUUUGAAGGUGAUCAUAAAAUUAUAGCCAUCCUGUCAUCCAGUGAGUUCAGACUUUUAGCAUUUUUCAUUAUUUUUUAGCAUAAUGUUCAUAAAAUAUAUGAACACCUGUGUGACUGAAAUGGCUAGGUUUCAUCAGAUCCGAUCAAGAUCAGCAGUGUGGUGUGUCUUAUAUCAGGGCAAGACAGUACCUGAUGAUGAUGAUGAUGAUAAUGAUGAUGAUGAAACAACUUUCUAAAGCCUUGCUAGUGGCACCUGGAGACAAGAUCAUGUGAUGAGGUGUUUGAGGUCAUAAACAACAUUCUAACAAUGGUGCUGAAAAUGUAAGGUUUGCCCUGGUGGUGACAAGGGAGGGAAGAUCAGGGCCUCACCAUUAAGAUUUCUGGUGGAGACAUUAAAAUCAAGAGCAAACUUAAUUCAAUUCUGAAAAUUUGUUUUCAAGACACCUUGUGAUGUCCAAAUGUUAGUCAAAUUACAUUUUUGAUUGACUGGUGGCAGGGGUCAGGGGGUCACCAAAGUCAUCUUCUAGGGUUCAUGACUAUACAUACUAGGAGUUCUAAUUUAAGUGUUGGACCAUGGACUGUAUAUAAAGAUGGACAAUGCGUUUCCACUUACCUCCAGUGUACAAAAACCAAGCCAACAUAUCCCAGAUAAUGCCGCUGCCAUCUUGGGAUGGUGACGUCAUUUGGAGCCAGAGUCUAUGCAGUAGCCAUCUUUGCUGGUAUCGAGUUCCUGCCCAAUCUCAAGCAGCACCAUUGAUUGCGAGCACACUGACUGGCACAAGCAGAUGUCAAUCAUGACAUCAAUCCCCCCCUUUUUUUAACAUCAAAUUACUAGUUACACCAAACUUAUCAGAAAAACUAAAUACUUGGGUAUGAUGGAGUAGACACGCAGUGAGACUAGCUCCCGAAACUUUUGUGUACUUAACUUUAUAGAACCCUAUAAUUCAAUUUUUACUUGUAACCAAAUGGUGGAUGUUAUCACUUUUGGCAAAAGAUCACCGUAAUAUGACACCAAAGUCAGCCAAGCAUGGCAAAAAAGAGACUCUUAAAGCUGACCCCCUGGUAAAGCUAACUAUAGCAACAAGCUCAGCAUGGCAACAAUAGCUAACCUCCUAGAAGACCAUCGAAAAGCCCUCUCUGCUGACUUUAUAACAAACAUCAGCAUGAUAAAGACUACCUAAAAUGACAGAAAGUAUCUUUGGGAAAAAUGUAUGUGAUGCGUACUUUGAGUUUUUUAGUUUGGCCCAUGACCCAUCCACUAACAUAGAGGGGGUGGGGUUUAUGACCCACAUUGCAGCAAGCCACCAGGGGGCGAUCCAGAUGUUUUGGCUUCACUUUUGGGGAGCUGUCAAGUUGUCCAUCUUUAUAUACAGUCUCUACCAGUCAAACUGUUACUUCAACAUACCGUGUAUUAAUGAAAAUACGUCCCCAGUGAUCUGAAUCAGAGUGCAAAAAGACAGCUUGAGACUGCAGACAAAAAGGAGAGCUAUACCAUUUACACCACACUCCCAACCCAAACAGCUUGACUUCAGGGAAGCGAGAGGCAAUGACAUCACUACAUUCUGUAGAUAAGCUGUCAGUCAAAUCCACCGUGUUCAGGAAUUUUAGCUGAUUAGUGACACAUUGAUAAUCAUGUGUCUUUUAAAACAUUAAAUGUCUGCACAAAAGAAAGUUUCAGGUUGUCUUUCUUGAUUUACGUCACAAGUGCAAUGUCUUUUUUAUUUCCUGAGGAUGGCAAGAAGAGAGAAAAGCACAAAACAAGUUAAUGGGAUAAUCAUGGCAUGAGACUGUACAUAUUUUCAUCCUGCUUAACCAAACCAGGCCCCAGGUAUACAGAGCUGUUAUAGCCUCUUAUCAAUCCGUGUAUGAAGUCUGACAUCCAUUCCAGGUCAUUGCAGUCAAUGUCCAAAACCUAAAUACACUGAUCAUCUUUUUUUUUUUUUUUUUUUUUUUUUUUACAUAUACAGCACUAAACAGUGUGUAGCCCAGUAUGUGCAGACCACAAAAAGAACCAGAGGGAUGUUUUCAUGAUCCACUUUCCUGGCAAAUAUUGGUAUAAUACAGCUGUUAUUUGUGGUUUUCUCAUUAGAUAUAAGUUUAAGAGCUUAUGAGCUUAGUUUUUAUCAUAGUUGUAUUUUGUUGGUGAAGGCAAGUCCAAAAGUGGUUAGUAUAGUUGUAGUAUCUUGAAUCAUUUGAACUGAUUUCUGUGAACAGACCCAUUGUGUGCUGUCAGAGACACACUUUAAAGGACCAUACAAGCAAGUUUGCAUGUUUUAGACAUGCCACCGUUACUUAAUGUCACAGCCAAGCAUUUUGCAAACCAUGCUGCUGUGUUUUAGAAAUUUGAAUGUACUUUGUGUUCAAAGGGGCCACUCUUUUCCUGCAAUUGCAGCAUGGUCUAAAACUCUUUGGGGUUAGGGGUUAGAGGUGAUGCACCCCCUAAUCAAGUGAAUAUCAUCUAUAUAAAUUAUUGUCAAAAUCAUUGUUAUAAGGUAAUGCAGUGCCAACUUUCCAAAUCUAUCUGCAUGUAAACUGCAUUUCUUGCUGUUUCAUACUGUGCAGAAAUGACUGGAAAUCAGUGGAGGCCUGGAACUGUAGGCAAAAUACAUAAAAAAAAUCUAACAAUGUCUGGAUCUGAAAAUGGUAGUAAAAAUAUAAAGUAUAAAUAAUAAUGUGGAGUUAGAGCUCAAAUGUGAAAACAGGGUGGUAUGGUUCUUUAAGUUUGUUAAAGUUUUUAUUUGUCUAAAGUCACCUGUUUCUGUCAUGUCUUCAAGUGUCUCAUUCUUUCAGUUUAGAAUGUGGCACAUGAAUCAGUUUGUAUAUUGAAGCAUAAGUCAUAUAACUUACCCGUAAAACUUCAAUGAAUAGCCCAGGCUAUUAUUUGCUUAAAUCACUGAAAUCAACAGCUGUCUAUAUGGGACAGGCCUUUAAUUCUUUUCACACAAAACUGUUGCUCAGCAAAGAUGGGGAAUACAAUCAAAUUGUUUAUUUGAACCAGUAUGAAUAUUACUUAUAUAAAAUUUAGGCUUCAGAUAAUAUAUCUAGUAUUAAUCAUUGACUUGAUCUAACUCCGAAAGGCAGCGCAUCAAAGAGAGAGAGAAUUACGGCACACGAGGAUUACAGCACCCAGCAUACUGACAGAACACCAUUUUAUCGUGUUAAAACAAUAUUCACAACCUGGAUUAAUUUUUAUGAAAAACUUGAUUCUUUUGAUCUGAGGACCUUACGGACUAAAGGAAUAUGAAUAACUUACAGGGUAAUCAAGGAAUGGACACAUAAUUUGAGGCAUCCAACAACCUGCUUUUAUAUGUCCAAAAAACUUCUAUAAAAAAAUUAACUGCUUGGCAACCAGACCAGGCAUCAAAUUGACACAGCUCUUUAUUUGUGAAAAUGUGUAGCCAGGUAUGUGUAGGCUCUUAAUUGAAGUUUUACCGUAAAUACAUACAGUUUAGGCUUAUUCUUUUGCCUCAUUGCCACAAUACUGUGUUUGAGUGCUAUAUACAUAUAUAUAUAUAUAUAUAUAUAUAUAUAUACAUACACACACACACACACACACACACACAUAUAUAUAUAUAUAUAUAUAUAAAAUUUAAUUUUGAACUUUUGGUUUAUUUACACAUUUUUCCACAGGAUUUGGGGAGUACUACUGAAUAGGGGUUGUAUAAGUUGUAUAAAGCCUUUUGUAUCUCUAGAGGCAGCUGUGUGAAAUUGGAUAAAUUGCCUCACAUGAUAUUCCUUGAGUCAGCGUUGGUUGAAGCUUAAGACUACAAUUUAACAAAAAAAAAAAAAAAAAAAAAAUCUGGAGGUAUGGAGUUAAAAAGAUGUAAGCUCACCAGACCUCUGUAACCCGACACCCAUCUCUGUUGUAGGCUAGCGCUCCAGGCUACAUUAGGUGCUACCCACCUGGGUUCUUUUUAACUUUCCCAGUAGAAAAAGCACAGGUACAGUUAGACUUAGAGCAUGGCACAAGGUACAAGGCUGCAUUUAGACAGCACUGCAGGAGCUCAUAUUCAGCUCUUCACACAAUAUCCUAGUGCUAUAGGGGAAAAAAGGCUUUGGUUUGUUUAUAUUUCUUUAAACCAAUCACAAUCAUCUGGCAUGGUGAAGAGCCCAGCAUGCAGCAAUGGUGAGCAACAGUGCCCUUAUGAAAUAUGACAGGGAACUUGUUUUGGUUGAUUAUUUGCAUGUAAGGAGGCAAGCACCAUCAUUAAAAUGGCUAAUUCUCCGCAAAAGAAAACACCCCAAAAAAUAGUAGAGAUAGCAGACAGAGAGGAGAAUGCCGGACUAAAUAGCCAGCCAAUGGCAGGCUUAUAGCAACAAUCUACAUCCAGUACAGCGGAGUACUUUUGGACAUAUGAAAAGGGAGAAAUCAGCUUAUAUUUAACCUCUGCCUGUUCAGGAAGCGGUCAAACCAAAUACACACCUAAAAAGCUAUUCAUUUUCAUUUGUAAUUAGUUAAUUUUAUUAAUAUUGGCAUGAUAUAUGCCAGAAGACCAAGAAUUCAAAGGCCAGCUGAAAGCAUCAGAGGUGUCACAAUGACAGAUUUUUCGUUAGUAGAACAACUACAGCAGAUCGCAGAUCUCUCUUCUUUAUUAUUGACCUAAUUCACCAGCAGAGUUCCUCAGUGGGCUUAGCUGCCAACAUUGGAAUUGUGAAAAAAAUACUUCAAAAGUUUAUGCAAUAAUUAACACUCACUGAAAGCAUUGCCAUCAUUUUAUCUAAGCAGACAAUAUUUCACUUUAUCUGUUUACCAGACAGCUGCUACAAUGAAACAAUAGGUGGACAGGAAUGGUCACGGUCUAUAAGAAAGUCUGAUGGGUUCAACACAUCCUCACUCCAACCUCGUCACAUAUCGAUGUUUGGUCAUGGACUUUCCACGUCGAAAAUAUGAUAUACAAGGUCCCCUUGGUGCGUUGGUUGUUGAUGUUCUGGGACGCCGUGUCAAUUUCAGCCCGUUACAUGCAUGGUCUGUUUUCAAAAUACACUUCAGUUUUCACAGGUAAUGUACAGUUUGCAUACAGUGUCUUUCAAAAUAAAUGCACUACGUCAGUACAAUGCCGCAAAUUGAUGGUUUUCUUUCAAUAAAAAACGCACAUGGUUACAUUUAGCCAACACACGCACGUGUUUGGGUUUAGGCAACAAAAGCAUGUGGUUGGGUGAAAGGUGAAAGUCGAUGGUUGUUGGACACAUCCACCACACCUCCCGCCCGCCCUACUCGGACAUUCUGCUCCCUUAACUUAUAUUGUUGUCCUGCUGUGUUUUCCCCUGACGGGCCAGCUGCGUAUCAUGCCGACGUGAAAGGAAGUCACUGACCAAGCGCUGGUAUUUGAUGAUUUCGGUGUGAGACUGGGUUUGAUUGAAGGUUGAGAAGCACAUUUGCAGCUUGCAGUAAAUGCAGCCUUAUAUUUCUUGUAAGGACUAUCAAAGAAUUUGAUGUGAGUUUAUUUGAGGUGUCUCCCAAAUCCAGUGUAGCCUUGGUUUACUUAUCACCAUAUCAUGAACUAACAUACCAACACAUAUACUGACAUACAGUAUAUGAUGUGUACUGAUAUAUACUAAACAUAAAGCUACCUCAGUUUUGUUUCAUGGAAAGAAUAUCCUCCACCUUCUCAUUGGCAAUACACUGUGUCCUGGUGGCACAUAGACUCAGCUCCCUGUACUUGUAAAGAACUCAGACAGAGAAUACAAUUUCCUAAAACUAAAUGGAAAAUUCCAUUAACAAGUCAUAUUCAGUGUACUCCACAGCAUAACACUGACAUAAUGAUAAUGAAAAUUGGAUGUGAAAUGGACUGUUCAUUUUCAAAUUUGCAGACAAUGCGCCAAACUGAAAUGGCAAAAUGUUUUUUUUAACUUGAAUUUGAAUUAUAUGCUGGUCUUCUAGACUACCAUAAAAAAGACAAUUACCAUCUUAUUAAAUUGGUUUAUAUUAUUCAUUCCAUUAAGUUUUGGCAGUAACUUUUAAACCUGUAUUUUAAUUUGUCAUAUCAUGCACACACAUGGCAGCACUGGACUCCCAUGCAUGAACUUUUCAUACAUCUGGCCCUUGCAUUAAAUAUUUUGUCAGUAGAGUAAAGUUUCUUGAAAAGUGCUAUUUCAGCAGGGGGUUUGGUCUGCCUUGAGAUUUGUCUAAUUUCACUGUUACAACAGAGAAUGAGGUGCUGUCAUAAACAGGGUAAUCCUCCAUUAUGCUCCACAGGUGCUCAAGUUCUGGAACAUCUAACUGGUGGUGGGUAUCCUGCUCACUGCAGGAUCAUAACAUGACAGAUCAACUUAAGACUCCCUCCCUCACUCUGGUCAUAACAAAACGCUGCUUUCUAUGUUUUGUUUGCCUUAAAGAAAAUAUAUUUCUAUAUUUGUCUUUAUUUCAAUCUCAUCACCCAGGACUUUGAGGCUGUACUGAAAGCACAGCUAGGUUUUCUGGUUAGCCUGUGGCAUGUGUGUGCGAGUUUGUGUGUGUGUGUGUGUGUGUGUGUGUGUGUUGGGGGUUGGGAUUUGUUUGGUUUUUUUACACUAUUUAAUAAUAAUGUCUCAACAGCAGUUACUGUGCUUAUACUAGGACUGGGACAUUGUCCAACAGGGAGGUUGAAUAGACUUCAGUCAUUCAUCCUUCCAGCCUGAACAUCUCUCAGAUGAAAAGCUUUGUGUCCAGCGGGAGCAAACAUGGCAGACUGCUGAUUGUCUUUAGUUGUAAAAUCAAGGCAGCAUUUGUGACAGUGCUUUAGCUAUCAUGAAAUACAGAAGCAAUGUAGAGGAUCACAACACUCGGAAGACUUUUCUCAUUGCAUUGCAUUCCAUUUGUUUCUUAAUCACUGGAGGAAAAUCAUUUCCAUUCUCCUCCUCUGCCUCAGCUUGUUUCCACUGCACUUCUUCAUUCUGUGAAAUUAUAAAUCAGCCUACAAACUAAGCUGUCAGUCUAUGAAGAAGACAGUCACAGUAAUGGUUAUUCACAAACUCCUGAACCUCUCAACUGAUUGUUUUGGGUCACUGUAUUGAAAUCCACAUAUUGUCUGGAGUUACAUUAGCAAAAUUACAGACACCAAGGAUAUGAUAAAAUAUCAGGGAUAUAGUAAUACAUUUAUUAUGUAUGAUAACAAUCACACAUAGAGCCAUGUUCAAGACAUUUAAAAUUAAUAAUUAUCAUGGUAUGCUCUAAUGUGUGUCACGUUUCAGCUUUUUUCAGUAGCUACUGAUGUAAAAGAGAAGACAAAAACAUUUCCACCUCUAGAUUUUUUCCCAUAUGUGCAUGGAGGAGACAUGCCACAUCCAAUACAACUGGACGGGGCUUGUCUUUUGUCACAAGUGUUCAGUGGUGGGAAGCCACUGAGGGAUCAUGUCCUUAUUGCUGCGCUUUUUCUGGUCAGUUGGGUUGCCCCAUAUCGCCACUUGGUCAGUGGCUUUUCACCUCUACAUAUGACAUGCUAGGUGACCUCCUGCUAUUGAUGUUCUGGGAUGGUGUGUCACUUUCCACCUGUUAAAUGCUUAUUGUCUUUUCGACAUUCACUUCCCUUUUCACAGAAAAUGUGCAGUUCCUGCUCAUUAGAUGCAUACAGUCUUUUUCAAAAUAAACUUACAACAUUGGUAAAACACAGCAUAUUUACUUUUACUUCAUUGUGCAACAAAAGCACAUGGUUAGGUUUAGACAAAACAUCAUGAUUUGGCUUAACAUUCAUAUGGGAAGCGAACUGCGUGCUCCCGGGUGAAAGUGUGGGGUUUGUUGGACCCAUCCACCACCACUCUCACCCACCCACUAGGAGCUUUCCAGGUCCUUAAAUUAUGUUGUUGUCCAACGGCAUUUCAAACUGACACAGUCCAGAGACAUUAUUAACUGAUGCCACCCGACGUUGUAUUACACCUGAAAUGGAGGAUGCCUGUUUUGUCAUUGGGGUCUGACAUGGAAAUCACUGACCAAGUGGCGGUAUUUGACAACUGUAGGAAUGAGACCGAGUUGGUUGCCCAGUCACCAGAAGAAAUGUUGGCAUUGUACAUCUCUGCAAACCACAGAUACAUUUCAUUUAUAUGAAUAAAGUGUGGUUAGGUUUAGGUACAAAUACUACUUGGUUAUGAUUAGGAAAAGAUCAUGUUUUGGCUUAAAACACCUUUAAAAACCCAGUUUUGAGGGCCCAAUCCUGGCUUGGAACGCAGCAAUGCCUUGGCAAAAAACAAUCACUUCUUGUGACACUAUUACCACUCAGGUUUGGUGGCCAAGAAGCUGCUAGAAACACAGCAAUCACUCAUUAAAACACAACCAGUUUUGUUGUUUGUUGGUUUCUAACAGUGGUCUACAGCUUGGCGGGUGUUUUGCCCAGGGGACACGUCAUUCACCAUCGCCUCCAUCUCCUGAUAACAAAGUCUGCUCAUGCACUACAUAACUUUUGAAAGGUUGAUAUGUAUGAAACUUGCAAAAUGUAUUCAUGGUUUACAGAAACAUACAAAGCCAGCAUUUCCCUCUGGCAACUGGGUUAAAUAUGAACCAAGACUGUUCUUACCAUGAAGUUACAUAGGCUAGCAUCCCAUCCUCUACCAACAGUCAAUAUCUGUUUCUUUUUACCAUGACUACAAUACUUCCCUUGCCAAAUAACUUUAGUUGCCUAAAAUAAAAGCUUAGGCAGAUGUGAAAACCAUACAACAAAUCUUUUUUUGUAUGUGUUAUUCUGAAAGGCUCCAAAUAAACACCUACUUGGUAUGAGGACUUGUCUGAGGAGACAUGUUGCUGUCUACACAGUGAGAGAUAGCAAUGACCACUCUUCUCACACAGGCAGCAAACAGCAGUAAUGUAUUAUUUCUAUGUCCUCUGUAGCUCUCUGAGAUGUGAACAGACCGUGUUUCUUGUGAGUGUCUUAGCCCCUAAGCUGUUUCUGUUCACCAGCUGUACUGGAUCAAAACUCUGCUGUAGAGGUUUUGGAAAUACCAGCCAAACACAACAGAGGAGUCAACUUUUUAGCUCUUAGCUCACAGCUGUGUAAGCAGAGAAAAUGACUAUUUAGUUUGGUCAUGGAGCAGCAACAGUUACAGUUGAGAUAAUCCAGCUUUAGUACAAGCACAGGAACCAGCAGGUGAAUAAUGAUAGGAUUCCAGUCACACUUGUAUAAUCAUUCUGUACAGAUGUCUGUUUAGAGAGAUGGUUGAACAUGGAGUACCACAGAUAGUGAACUGAUCAACUUAAAAGCUUAUCUGUAAAUAAAUGUAUGCAAAGUGUACAUGUUAAAAAAAGAACAUUCCUCUCUUUUUGAGUUCUGACUGUGAAGGGUGUCUUUAGAAGUUUGAUGCCACCACAAUGGCUGUAACUAUGACGAUAUACUACUGAGAAAAAAAAAGAUAAAUGUGGUGUAUGUGGUGUAUUUAAAAAAGAUACAAAUGUUAAGACAAAAAAAAUCGGUCUUUUCAGUAAGUUGCAUUGUGUGAUGAAAGUUGGAAGUGCUAAAAAUUCUUUCAAUGGGGAAAAAGUACAUUUUAUUGUAAAAAAAAAAAUUAAUAAAAAUGAAUCAAGAGUGAUAAACAUGAUCAAAAUUACAUUUUUGUAUAUAUGGGAUUUUUGUAAAUUUUUAUUUGAAUCUAAUGCAACACAAACUACCAAAAUUCAUUUAUUAAAGUACACUGUG